UCGGAACGCAGAACUCAGACCCGCGUGACUCGUUUCAUCAGAGCAGAUACACAUUGCUCUCCUAUUUCUUCUUUCUCUCACUUCACUUCACUUCACUUUACUCUUUUCUCUCCUUUCUCUUUCUCUCUCACUUCUUCUCUUUUCUUCUCACACCAAACACUGCCUUAUCUCUCUCUCCGCUUCCAAACAUGGCCGAAGAUUCUUCUGCUUCUACUCCUCCACCGCCAGAAGUCCAGGCUGCGCCACCUCCUCCUGUGGCUGAAGAGAAGGAAAUAGAAGCCUCUGCGCCAGCUCCACCAUCUGUUGCGGAAUCUGAAUCACCGGCCAUAAUAGAGAAAGGGGAGCCUCCACUGCCACGUACACCGCCGCAAGAGUCUAAAUCACUGGCUGCGAUGAUGGAGAAAGAAGAGUCUUUCUCUUCUCCUUUGCUGUCUUCAGCUGCGGAGGAGAAAGGUGAGGAAAUGGACGAGCCUGUAGUUAAUAAAGAAGAGGUUGCUGUGGUUGAGGCUGGUAAAGAGAAGCAAAUCGACGAGCAAAAGAUUCCUCAGACUUUGGUUUCGUUCAAGGAGGAGAGUAACAUAGUGGCUGAUCUCUCUGAUUUUGAGAGGAAAGCUUUGGAAGAACUGAAGCAGUUGGUUCAGGAAGCUCUCAAUACCCAUCAGUUUAUCUUUCCUCCACCGUCGGCAAAAGAGGAAGAGAAACAGAGUGUUCCUCCACAAGGACAAAGUACCCAAGAAAUUCCAGCUGUGUCCUCUGAACCCACCUCGGAUGCUCCUCCAAAAGUUGAAGCACCCUUGUCAGAAUCUGAUGUCAGUACAGAGAUUAAACCACCACUAGCCCAAGAAUCAAAAGUUGAAGAAGGAACCCAACUCAAGGAAUCUCAAGCAGAAGCUAAAAAAGAAGAGCCAAAGGUUACAUCUCCCCCUGAAGAAGUCUCCAUAUGGGGGAUUCCUCUGCUUAAGGAUGAUAGGAGUGAUGUGAUACUCUUGAAGUUCUUGAGAGCCAGGGAGUUCAAAGUGAAAGAUGCAUUUACCAUGAUCAAGAACACUCUCCGAUGGAGGCAGGAGUUUAAAAUCGAUGAACUUCUUGAUGAAGAUCUCGGUGAUGAUUUGGAUAAAGUGGUGUUUAUGCAUGGUCAUGACAGGGAAGGGCAUCCCGUGUGCUACAAUGUGUAUGGGGAGUUUCAGAAUAAGGAAUUGUAUCAGAAGACAUUUGCUGAUGAGGAGAAGCGAAUGAAGUUUCUACGGUGUCGGAUUCAGUUCUUAGAGAGGAGUAUCAGGAAGCUUGAUUUUAGUCCUGGUGGGAUUUCUACCAUCUUUCAGGUUAAUGAUCUGAAGAAUUCUCCAGGACCUGGAAAACGGGAGCUGAGGUUGGCCACCCGUCAGGCUGUCCAAUUGCUUCAGGACAAUUAUCCUGAGUUUGUAGCUAAACAGGUGUUCAUCAAUGUUCCUUGGUGGUAUAUUGCUUUCUAUACAAUGAUCAGUCCAUUCAUGACCCAGAGGACCAAAAGCAAAUUUGUAUUUGCAGGCCCAUCAAAAUCUGCUGAGACCCUUUUCAAAUAUAUAUCACCUGAGCAAGUGCCUAUUCAGUACGGUGGCUUGAGUGUGGACUACUGUGAUUGCAACCCAGAAUUUACCGUCGCCGAUCCUGCAACUGAGAUAACUGUGAAACCAGCAACCAAACAAACUGUGGAAAUUAUAAUUUAUGAGAAAUGUGUAAUUGUCUGGGAAAUCCGAGUUGUGGGGUGGGAGGUGAGCUAUGGUGCUGAGUUUGUGCCUGAUGCUAAAGAUGCGUAUACAGUCAUUAUACAAAAGCCGACGAAAUUGGCACCAACUGAUGAACCGGUGGUGACUAGCAGCUUCAAAGUUAGUGAACUGGGUAAAAUCUUGCUCACAGUGGACAAUUCAACCUCAAAAAAGAAGAAACUUCUCUACAGGUUCAAGAUCAAUCCUUUCUCAGAUUGAGGAUUUCACUAUAUUCAAUGCCUUGAGUUUCAAAUAGUUGGAUGUGGAAAUUGAAUUAAUUUUUCUCUAGUUUUCUUGGUGAUAUUUUCUUUCCCUUAUUUCUACUUUUUCGGCUUGAGUUCUUCAUGGUGAGUGGCAUGCUGGUGCUGGUGGUGAAUAGCAAAAUGGGUUUGGCCAUGGUUGUAGAACUUAUUGAGAUGUUUUGCGGUGUACAUUUACUUGUAUGCGAAUGUCUAUAUUUUGGGAUCAUUUUGGUAAUGUACACUAAAGGGUUUAUGUUAUUGAUUGAUAUUUUAAAACCA